UUAUUGCUACUAGUAUAGUUUUAACAUUCCUAGUCGACCUUCUGUGUUCAAUGUACACACGGCAUCGAAAUAAUUUCUUCCUCCACAUAGCUCCCUUUAAAGCUCUGUGUUUAUCCUAAUAAUUUAUUCAUCUACAUAGCUCCUUUUAAAGCUCUGUGUUUAUCCUAAAAACUUCUUCCUCUACAUAGCUCCCUUUAAAGCUCUGUAAUACUGAUCCUCCUUUUUAAUCAUAUCAACCUUAUGACAAAACGUAAAUUCCAUGAAGUGGAUAACGGAGAAAAUAAUUAUUUUUCUUCUUGUUCACCUUCGUCUUCUUUGUCUCCUUCAAUAGUUCCUCCACCUUCUACUCGCAUCUGGACGCAUCAUGUCUUUCCUAGCUUCCGCGGGGAAGAUGUACGCAGAAAAUUUUUCAGUCACAUUCAGAUGGAGUUGGAAAGAAAAGGAAUCACUCCGUUCAUUGAUAAUGAAAUCAGAAGAGGAGAAUCCAUCGGUCCCGAACUCAUUAGGGCCAUCAGAGGAUCUAAGAUAGCAAUUAUCUUGAUCUCUAGGAACUAUGCCUCCUCAAAAUGGUGUCUUGAUGAACUGGUGGAGAUUAUGAAAUGCAGAGAAGAGUUGGGUCAAACUGUAAUGCCUGUUUUCUACGAAGUGGAUCCUUCUAAUGUGAAAAAGCUAACCGGAGAUUUUGGGAAAGUCUUUAGAAAAACUUGUGCUGGUAAAACAAAGGAAUGCAUUAAGAGAUGGAGACAAGCUUUUGCAAAAGUUGCUACAAUCGCUGGCUAUCAUUCAAGCAACUGGGAUAAUGAAGCGGACAUGAUUAAGAAAAUCACCACUGAUAUUUCGAACAUGCUGAAUAAUUUCACACCAUCAAAUGAUUUGGACGAGUUAAUUGGGAUGGAAGCUCAAUUAGAAAAGAUGAAACCAUUAUUGUGCCUAGGCUCAGAUGAGGUGAGGAUGAUCGGGAUUUGGGGUCCUCCUGGGAUUGGGAAGACCACAAUCGCUAGAUUCGCAUUCAACCAACUCUCCAACCGUUUUCAACUUAGUGUCUUUAUGGAUGAUCUCAAACCAAACCCUACAAGACUGUGUUCCGAUGACUACAGCUUAAAGUUGCAACUACAUCAACGGUUUAUGUCUCAAAUAACAAACCAUAAGGAUAUGGUGGUUUCGCAUUUGGGAGUUGCCUCAAAUAGGUUGAAGGACAAGAAAGUUCUUGUUGUUCUUGAUGGCGUGGACCGGUCAGUACAACUAGAUGCUGUAGCGAAAGAGGCUUGGUGGUUUGGUCCCGGGAGUCGGAUUAUAAUCACAACACAAGACCGGAGAAUUUUUAGAGCACAUGGUGUUAACCACAUUUACAAGGUGGAUUUUCCAACAAGUGAUGCGGCUCUCCAAAUCUUUUGUACGUAUUCUUUUGGUCAAAAGUCCCCUAAAGAUGGUUUUGAGGAGCUUGCUCGGGAAGUUACACAACUUUCUGGUGAACUCCCUUUGGGGCUAAGGGUUAUGGGUUCCUACUUUAAGGGAAUGUCCAAGCAAGAGUGGAUAAAUGCGAUACCAAGAUUAAGGACUAGCCUUGAUUCUGAUAUAGGAAGCAUUUUGAAGUUCAGCUAUGAUGCUUUAGAUGAUGAAGAUAAAUAUUUGUUUCUUUAUAUAGCCUGCUGCUACAAAUCUGAAUGGAUUAACGAAGUGGAAGAGUAUCUUGCAAAGAAGUUCGUGGAAGUGAGGCAAAGACUUAACGUCUUAGUUGACAAAUCUCUCAUAUCUAUCAGCCUCCUUGGAGUUAUAGAGAUGCAUAGUUUGCUAAAAAAACUAGGUAGAGAAAUUGUUUGUAAACAAUCUCAGGAGCCUGGACAGCGCCAGUUUCUCUAUGACGAAAGAGAGGUUUGUGAAGUACUGACUGGUGAUGCAACAGGUAGUAAAAGUGUCAUAGGCAUAAAUUUAGACUACAGCAGAGAGGGUAAAGAAAUAGAUAUAAGUGAGAAAGCCUUUGAAGGAAUGUCAAAUCUCCAAUUUUUAAAAGUUUCUUGUUCUCACUUUACCAUGAAAUCAACUCGAGGUCUGAGCUAUCUACCUCAUAAACUUCGAUUACUAAAGUGGAGUCAUUGUCCAAUGACAUGUUUUCCUUGCAAUGUAAACUUUGAGUUCCUUGUUGAACUAAGCAUGUCUAACAGCAAGCUUGAGAAGUUGUGGGAAGUAACUAAACCGCUACGGAGUCUCAAGAGGAUGGAUAUGAGGAAUUCUGUAAACUUGAAGGAGCAGUAAAAGAAGGAGCUCCCUGAUCUCUCAACUGCCACUAACCUUAAGAGAUUGAAUCUAAGUAAUUGCUCGAGUCUAAUCAAACUCCCUUCCUUGCCUGGAAAUAGCAUGAAGGAAUUAUAUAUCAAGGGAUGCUCAAGUCUUGUGGAGUUUCCCUCCUUUAUUGGGAAUGCCGUUAAUCUCGAAACAUUGGAUCUUAGUAGUUUGCCAAAUCUGUUGGAGCUCCCUUCCUUUGUUGAGAAUGCCACCAACUUAAAGAAGUUGGACCUUAGAUUUUGUUCAAACCUGGUGGAACUUCCUUUUUCCAUUGGGAACCUUCAGAAGCUGUGGUGGCUGGAAUUACAAGGGUGCAGUAAGCUAGAGGUGCUUCCCACCAACAUCAACUUGAAAUCUUUGUAUUUCCUUAAUCUCAGUGAUUGCUCCAUGUUGAAAAGUUUUCCCCAGAUCUCCACAAACCUUGAAAAGCUCGACCUCAGAGGAACUGCAAUAGAACAAGUGCCUCCUUCGAUCAGGUCAAGGCCUUGUUCUGAUAUAUUGAAGAUGUCAUACUUCGAAAACCUCAAGGAAUCCCCUCAUGCUCUUGAAAGAAUCACAGAACUGUGGUUGACCGACACAGAGAUACAAGAGCUUCCUCCGUGGGUCAAGAAAAUCUCUCGUCUGAGUCAACUCGUGGUCAAGGGAUGCCGAAAGCUGGUAUCCGUCCCACCGCUUUCAGAUUCCAUCCGUUACAUUGAUGCAAGUGACUGCGAGUCCCUGGAGAUGAUAGAGUGCUCCUUUCCCAAUCAAUUCGUUUGGCUCAAAUUUGCCAACUGCUUCAAACUGAAUCAAGAGGCGAGAAACCUCAUCAUCCAGAAAAGUGAAUUUGCAGUCUUGCCAGGUGGACAAGUGCCUGCAUAUUUCACUCACCGAGCUAUUGGCGGAGGUCCAUUGACAAUCAAGUUGAAUGAUAACCCUCUUCCCAAAUCCAUGAGAUUUAAAGCUUGCAUCUUGCUGCUUAAUAAAGGUGACCAUGACACUUGUUAUAAUGAGGAAUUGACGCAAGUGGAAGUUAAGUUUAAAUAUGGCAGUAAAACUCUGUAUCUGCCUUUAGCAGGGCAUCUGUACACAUUCCGAUUCGGAGCAAAUGUUAGUUCCAACGAGCUUCUCUUUGAGUUCAAGCUGAAAAACGAUGACGUUUGGAAGAUUGGAGAAUGCGGGUUAGUCCAAGACUUGGAGGUCCCUUUCAUGUUGAUGAACACGAUGAGAGCUUGAGAGGUGGUGGCCAUGACUUUGGUCCUUUCGGUCAAGGCUGGAAAGCUUUGGAGCUGCGAAGUCAUGGGAUGAUCUUCAGAAGUUCUGGUACGUUCUUCUGAAAGAAAAGACUAUGUUGAUGAGCUAGAACAUGAUGUUUCCAAAACCCUGAACGCAUUCUAAAGGUAUUUACAACUCUUGAAGUCUUUGUCUUGAAAAGUUGAUGGGUGCUAUGAAAUGAAAUGUGAUCCUUUCCUAAACAAAAUGGAUGUAUCUGAAACACAAAUUUAGACGAGGAGAGAUCAUUGUGCGGCAUAAAGCAUGUGUUGAUGGAGAGAAGAUCAGCGGAGUUGAAACGAAUGGCAAUAUGCAAAGCCUUUGGUACACUAAUAAUAAGUAACUCUUGUUUGUUUGUUUGUACUGGUCUGUUGCUUGAUACUGUCAUGUUGCAGUGUGUUACAGCGAUGUGCACAAUUUUGAUAACACAUAUCUUAAUCUUUUUUUAGUCGUGAA